AUGCCUCCUUGGCGCUUAUACUUUACUUACGUUUCCAUAACUAUCGGGAGUUCUUUCGUUUUCGGAUAUCAUACAGGAGUUAUCAACGCACCAUUAUCACUCAUUCAAAAUUUUACUCAAAAAGUUAUUGACGAAAGACAAUACACAUGUGGCUCUUCAUGUGUGAGAGUGAUUAUGUCAAUAUGCGUAGCAGGAUUUGUUAUCGGUGGGUUAUUUGGGGGCUUAUUUGGUGGAUUUUUAGCUAACAGACUUGGAAGAAGAAAAACUCUAUUUCUUCUUUCUAUCCCAACAAUCUUAGGAUCUGUACUCAUCACGGUCUCGGUGAGUUUGAAGUCGUUCGAGGCUAUUAUAUUCGGAAGAUUUAUAGUUGGUUUUUCUGCAGGUGCUUAUACAGUUGUCACACCUACAUAUCUUUCAGAGAUUGCUCCAAUAAAGUCACGUGGCGCGGCAGGGAUUUUGAAUCAAUUUGUUACAGUGCUGGCCAUUUUUUUAUCCCAGGUCCUAGGUCUGUCGCAAAUAAUGGGGACGGAUAAAUUCUGGCCAUUCUUGUUAGGUCUUUGCGCUCCUGUUUGUUUUUCGCAUGUGAUACUUAUGGCGUUUUGUCCUGAAAGUCCUAGCUACUUGUAUUUAGUGAAGGGAGACAAAGGUGCUGCAAAAAAUGCUCUUUUGUUAUUACGAGGUAAGGACUAUGAUGUCGAUAUGGAGCUUGACUCAUUUCAACGAGACCCGGAAUAUAUCACCAGAAGUUACUUUGGAAUGGGUGACUUAUUCCGAGUCCAACAUCUCCGAUGGGGUUUAUUUGUUGCACUUAUUCCACAUUUCGGGCAGCAACUCUCAGGAAUCAAUGGUGUUUUAUAUUACUCUGUUCCACUAUUUGAAAGUGUCGGCCUUACUAACAGCGACGCCAGUUUUGUCAAUCUUGGGGUUGGAGCGGUUAUCGUGUUAGGCACAAUUGUGUCUGUAUGUGUUAUUGACAGAGGAGGCAGACGCAUGCUAUUACUCGUUGGAUUUUCAAUAUGCUUAGCCAGUUUAAUCACAUUUACAACAGUUUUGUCAAUUCGGAAGUUCAGUCAUACAUCUUGGUUAACAUACAUUUCUAUUCUUGUGUUAUACUUAUUUGUCUCAGGAUUUUCCUUUGGCCCAGGCUCUGUUCCUUGGUUCCUCGUGGCUGAACUAUUCACUCAAGAAUAUAGAGAUGCUGCACAAAGUGUGGCUGUGGGCACGAAUUGGUUGUGUAAUAUUCUGGUUGGACUUCUUUUCCCUCAAUUACUCGCCCUUGUAGAUUGCUUUGCUUUUGUACCAUUUAUUUGUGUGCUCAUAAUUGUGAUUGUUCUAAUUGCUUUAUAUUUGCCGGAAACAAAAGGAUUCAAUCCAGUUUAUAUUGAAUCAGUUUUCAAAGCUCAAUGUAAACAUUCAGUACUCAUACCGGUAAAACGAUUUUAA